AUGUCCCGAGGAACAGAUAAGAUGCCAAAGUGGAGACUCCGCGAACGUGUAGAGUACACUAUCAGUGAAUGCCAGGCUACCAACCAGCACUACGUGAUAGUGUUCUACUAUGCGGGACACGGGGCCAUAAUUGACGACGUGCUGAAUUCCGUGUCUGGGAAGCCCGGCACAGCAUCUGUGCCAUGGCCCGCAAUCAAGCAGGAGCUUUUCCAUGACCCCGACCUGAAGAAGAUGGAUGUCGUCGCGGUCCUGGACUGUUGCUAUUCGGGUGCUGCCACGCGGGGCAGCAGCAGUAGUCAACGAACAGCCCAGAUCAUUGCGGCGUGCGCAGCCCAUGAGUGGGCUAAUCCUCGUCGACACAAGAUCCCUUUUAUCCAGCGAAUAUUCCGAGCGGUUCAGAAGUUCAAGGGUCCUCUGGCAUGGGCAGCCUGCAGUGGCCAAGGGUUGGGCGCCGCCUGCCUACCAAAGGUUCGGAUUGACCCAAAUCUACUAUUGAAUAGUUGA